ACUUUCAACUACCUGACUGCUUUCCUAUCAAUUCCCUUAAACAAAGCAGUCUGAAGCUUUCUCCUCCAUCUUGACUCUGGGCCAAAACAACAAUGGCAACCGAAGACACAGUGGACCUGUCCGACUCCCAUGCCCCGCACCAAGCCUCCCUCGACGCCUUCUCCUCCAUCCUCGAAGACGUAAAGGCAGAACUCAUCAAACUGCGUCGUGAUCAUGAUAAACACGAAGCGGAAUACUUUGCCAGAGUCCGGCACCUCUCCGACGCCCAACUAACAUCCUUCUCGGCCUCGGACCUGGAACUCGUGCGCGUCGCCACAUCCGCCUACGGCAUCCAUCUCUUCGGCAAAGUCAAGCUGCGCGCGCUGGACGACGGUGACGACAAUGGCGGCGGAUACAUCCACAUUCGCAUCUUCGGGGCUGCAAAGGAAGGCACGGAUGGAAGUAGUGCCGACGAACGCGUGUACAGUUUACAUAGCAUACAUACGGAGGAGGUGGUCAAAGAGGAUGGGGAUCGAGUGUAUCGGGCGGUGUUUGGCAAGGAGGAUGCGUUGGAGUGGUUUGAUACGUAAAUAGCGAGGGAAAAGGGAGCAUGUUUGUUAAUGGAUUGGAUGACGGAAGAAAGAAAGAAAGAAAUGUGUAUGUAUGUUUGUGUAUGGCUUGGUUUGGGAGAGAGAGAGAGAGAGAGAGAAUGGAAACAGUUGAUGAUCAAGAAAAAAGGUGGGGGUUCAUAUUUUUUUUUCAUUCUACAUCAAGAUAAUAAUAUAAGAAAAAAAAAC